GAGAGUGUAAGAUAUCCACAUCAGGACCAGGACGAACACUUUUGCCAUCCUCUCAAGAUGCUUUUCAUCCCUUCCAUAGUUGCUUUUGCUGUUCUGCCGUUCAUGGUCGAAGCCGCGCCCGUUCAGAAGCGGGGGCUCUUGGCAUUUGAAGCCUUUGCGAAGAGUAGUCAGUAUGUUUUGAUCGAAGAGGCUGGACAUUUCUUAUUCUCGGUGCCUUGUGUAGGUUGUGAAGGAGACAUCCAGAAGAGCUUCAAUAUCCUCUCGAAGGGUGACACGACAGGCGACUUCCCCGGGCCUCGCCGUUUCCUAGGGACUCUUUCAAAGUUACCAACAAUUUCGCCGGUAAUACUUGUAAUAAUACUCUUCAGCUCAACAAUAUGUGCCAAUGCUCACUCUAACCGCAAGGUGAAGCCUGGCUGUAUACUGGCAAGGAGCUAGGAGGCACCCGCCUUUUGGUACCCGCCAGCACCUUGCAGGACACCAAUUCCUGUUUCGGUGGCGUUCUCAAUGGCGAACAGCUCCAAUUCCAGUCCCUUCCACAGUUUGUUUCUAAUCGCUGGGCUGGGAGAA